CAAGCACAACAGGAAGAAGCAUCACCACGAAUAGUCACACCUCGCAUAGCACUCCUACACACCCACACCCACACCGCUCACACACAGCAGCGGCAGCAGCGGCAGCAGUGAGCUCUAAAUUCCAGUCCUUGCCCACGCUUCGGGGCGCACCCUGCUCCAUUCGCCUCUACUCUCCUACCCUGAUCAUCCCCUGGACACGCUGACCAUCUUCGCCGCCUCCUUCAGGCGGCCCUGGUGGCUACAGCGCAUUGGCGGCAUUGCCGGCGGCGGCGGCAGCAGCAACGGCAGCGGCAGCAGCAGCAGCAGCACUCGAUCAAGCUUUCGCUGCAUCGCAACUCCUCCAUCGAGAAGAGCGGUCACGAUGAUCUCCAGCAUUCGGGUCAUACAUCCUCCAGCAGCAGCUUCCAACCCCACACCCCACCCGCUCAUCGUCCUCACAGUCGGCACCAACAAGUACGUAUUCAAUGCUCCAGAGGGCACCGUGCGUACCCUGACCCAAAGAAGAGCUCCACUAGGAGGCAAGGGAGAACUCAAUGUCUUUGUCUCAGAUGUGUGUGAGGCUGCGAGGGGAUUGCCAGGUCUCCUCAUGACGUCGGCAGAUGCUGGAAAGACCCUCGUACGCGUUCAUGGCCCUCCGACUCUGGCCCACGCCAUUGCAACGAUGCGCUUCUUUGCCAAGAGGAUAGGCUGUCAGCUGCAAGUGAGAGAGGCAUUGGACGCCAUCAAGCUCACCAACGGCAACCUGCAAUCGAAACAGCCUCUCUUUGUAGAGAAAGGAGGCGUAACAAUACGGAGUCUGCCGUCCAGCGAGCAGAGUUGGACCUCCAAGGCUCAGGCGCCUCGGCGCGCCUCCUCAUCCAGCGAAGAAGGUGGCAGCUCUGGAAGCCGUAAGCGUCGACGAUCAUCUGAAGACAUGCCGCACCAGUUUGCGCCUCCAACCUCCAACACCGAGGCUGAUGCAGCAGACUAUGCGGCUGGCCUCACCAGGCCACCGCCACCUUCCGCGCCACUGCAGGCGCCCUCGCCUCAGUCCAUUCAGCGCAGAGUCUUCGACACUGCCCAUGACAUGUUCAAGCUCACGAGUGGCUUCAGGGGGGUGCCCUUGAAUCUAGACGACCCGUCAGUAAUCCCCAGGGGAAAGUCAGCAGCCUGGAACAUCCACCGUCUACCGAAACCUAUUGUACAGCCAUCCUCGGUGGAGGGCGCAGAGCACUUCGAGACGCAACCCUUUGCUCUGAGCUACGCUGCCACUCUGCCUUCUACGGCGGGCAAGAUGGACAUGGAGGCAGCGAAAUUGCUUGGUAUCCGGCCUGGCCCUCACCUUGGACUUCUCCAGAAAGGCCAGGCAGUCACAGUCCGCCGGCCCGCCCGCUGGAGUUACAUGUCUGACAGUGAGAAGGUCCGUUGGUCGCAGCUCAAGCAUCCCUCGUCUGGAGGUAGCAGCAAGAAGAAAGCCGUUCGCACAACAGAGAAGGUGGUGGAAGAGGAAGCAAUGGAGGACGUCGUGGUCCAGCCUUCACAAUGCGUCGCCGCAGAUGUCCCCGGCCCCGUGGUGCUGGUAAUUCACCUACCUACAACGGGCCACUUGCCAUCUUUCUUGUCGGAGCAGAAUGCAGCGACGUUGGCCGUAGCCACGAGAGACCGCGGUGUUGUGCUCAUGGUACAUACCAGCCCCCUCUCAGUGCUACAAGACGGGCGAUAUCAGCGGUUCAUGACUGACUGGUCUCAGACCGAGACAGCACAUCUCUUCACUGCCCCGGAACUGGCAGCGGAUAACAUCCUCUACACCUCGCCGACAUACUGUCUGCGACUGCUCAGCAAACUGAACUCAAGGAUGUUCUCUGUGCCGCCCUCCACAGGGCAAGCUACGGCGGACGUUGCCUCAAUCUCUCCCCGCGUCUCCACCCUUGCAAGGGGGCUUGACAUGGAUGAGACCAUGCAGUUGCAACCCCGCCUCUCAGCUCUCGACCGAUUUCAGCCUGUUCUCGACGUCGCAGCGGCGGGCACUGCCGUAUCCGAAGCAGAUGCUCAGGAUGAUGGCGAGCCUGUUAAAGGCGAUCUCCCUGCUUCCCCUAGACUACAGAUGCGCCGGGGCAGCAAAGGCGAUCAAACGUCAGAGUUAACUCCAGAAGCCACUACGAAUCGCAAGCUACUACAGCUCAAAAGAGCCGAAGACUAUCAACAGUACGAAGCCAUCGCGAGCCCCAUUAAGCAGGAAGUCAAAGCGACCUCCGCCAGCGAGCAGCUUGUGCGAAAGGAGUGGGAGGAUAUCGACGUCAUUACGCUAGGCACAGGAUCAGCGCAACCUACGAAGUCUCGCGGCCUCAGCGCUACUCUCGUUCGUUUGCCUUCUCGGUUCUUCAAUGACCCUGAAAGGCUCGCUCCUGCGCCGGAUGGUGGACCGUCGUAUGGCUACGUUCUGCUCGAUGCUGGAGAAGGCACGCUUGGUCAGCUUCAUCAGAUGUACGGCAAAGACAGUCCACUCCUGCGGAAUAUCCUUUACAAUCUUCGAUUGGUCUUUGUCUCCCACAUCCAUGCCGAUCAUUGUGCUGGCCUGGUCUCCGUACUACGCGCGAGAUACGAGCUGGGGGACGCGAAGUCGACUCUCUACCUAGCGGCCGGAAGGUUCACCAGGCAAUUCGUACACGAGUGGAAUGACAUCCAGCCGCUCAACGUCCUGUCUGAGGAGCAGUACGGAACGGUCAAUGCGGAUCUCUCCGGUAAGGUGGUCAUGCUCGAAGCAGAGCACCUUGACUACCAGAUCGGAGUGGGCCACAUAGAUUCGGAGUCGGCCUCGUUGAAGGACCUCGCCGAGCAUGACCAUGCCUACAUCGCUCAUCUUGCCUCUGGCUUUGCGCCAGGCUUCACACGCUGGCUCAAGAGCUUUGAGAAGAGCGUCCUGGCCCAACCAGCCUUCAGUGGAUUAUCGCGCAGCGAUCAAGCCGCGCAGAGGAAGCAAAUCAAUGAGGCUGUGUGGGCUGCCGCAAUCAAGGAAGACCCCAGUCUCGGGAUCCAUCGAGGCAUGCCUGCGUUUGCCGACGCGGCACUCACUUCCAAAACGCCGCCGCCGCCCAACGUCAGAGAGGGCUUCGACGCCGAGACAAGUGCCUUCUUCCGUUCGGAUGCACUCAAGCUGUACGAGCGCACCAAGGUCGAGGAGCGUACGAGGACUCAUUGGGCUUUGGGGCUGCUACAGAAGGACCUCGGCGGACCUGGCGCAAUGUGGAGCGUGCAGACGUGCGAAGUGGACCACCGAGCCAGACAUUGCUACGGUAUUGUCCUGCGACUUGGAGCGCAAGCAGCUACUGCCGGUGGCCAGAGCAUCGAAGUGGGUACAGACUCCCUCAAUCUGAGUCCACCAUCAAGCUCCAAUGGGGCUUCAGCCCCGCCUGCCAGCUUCUCCCUUGCCUACUCUGGUGACACGCGUCCCACGCCCAAUCUCGCUCGAGCCGCUGCAAACGUCAAUUUGCUGAUCCACGAGGCGACGAUGCAGGACGAAGAGGCCGAGAUGGCAGACAUGAAGGGCCACUCCACAAUCGGCGGAGCCUUGCGCCUCGCGAGACAAGCACAGUGCGAUGUUGUUCUCCUGACCCACUUCAGUCAACGCUAUCCGAAGAUGCCCAGGCUCAAUCUAGGUCCCUCUGGCAAUUCAAAAGCCAAUGCGAAGAGGGGAGAGAGGCGAUCUGUGAGCCCCCAGCCUGAUGGGGACAAGGACAAGGACAAGAAGAGGCCGCUGGUCGCAGUGGGAAUGGAUUUGAUUCGAUUGGGGAUGAACGAGAUGUGGAAGAUGGAAAAGUAUAUACCGGCAAUGGAGGUGCUGUUUAGGGCUGAUGCUGUGUAUGGAGAAGAAGCCGAGGCGGAGGCAGAGGCGGAGGCAGAGGCAGAGGGAGUGGUCGAGGGAGAAGGAGGGGCAGUAGGAAGAGAUGGAGCUGCUGCUGCUGCAGACUCUGAAGGAGGGAAGGGCAAGUGAUGGAAUGGAAAAAGGGGACCACUUCACCACUUCAGAUACGAACACUGUUACAUCCUCGUCAUCAUCAUCAUUAUUAUUGUCAGCAAUCAUUAAAGCUAGAUUUAGAAUCAUACGAUACAC